CUUCAAGGCUUCAUUUCACGAGCUGCCAUCUUGCCAUCUCACAAGUGAAAGCACACAUUUGAUCUAUUACAGCGGCAUAGACACAAAUAGUACGAUGCCCCUUCGCAUACAGGAAGGGUCUCCAACUCCCCUCGGCGCGACAUGGGACGGACUGGGUGUCAAUUUCGCCCUCUUCUCUGUGCAUGCAACAAAGGUAGAGCUUUGCCUCUUCUCUGAAGACGGAUCCACAGAAGUCGACCGCAUAGAACUCCCAGAAUACACUGACGAAGUAUGGCACGGUUAUCUCCCCGAUGCAAGGCCCGGAACAGUCUAUGGCUACCGUGUGUAUGGUCCGUACGACCCACAUAACGGCCAUCGAUUCAACCCAAACAAGUUGGUGAUCGACCCAUAUGCAAAAGCUUUCGUCGGAGAGCUUGUAUGGGAUGAUUCCCUGUUUGGCUAUCAGAUCGGCCAUCCCGAUAAAGAUUUGUCGUAUGACGAACGCGACAGCGCACCUUACAUGCCAAAGUGUCGCGUGGUGGAUACGGCGUAUACCUGGGGUCGAGAAAGAAGGCCGGAGAUCCCAUGGGAGAAAACAGUUUUCUAUGAAACGCAUGUAAAGGGCUUCAGCCAACGUCACCCUGCUGUUCCUGAGCACCUUCGCGGCACUUAUGCCGGGCUAGGACAUUCUGCCAUCAUCGAGUACAUCAAGUCUCUUGGCGUUACCUCCGUCGAGCUCCUACCUGUACAUUUCUUUAUUGACGACAAAUAUCUCUUAGAUAACAAUCUUGUAAAUUAUUGGGGUUAUAAUUCCAUCGGAUUCUUUGCACCCGAUCCCCGUUAUUCAGCGUCGAAUCGAAUUGAGGAAUUCAAAGAGAUGGUUGCUCGCUUUCAUGACGCCGGAAUCGAAGUAAUUCUUGAUGUUGUCUACAACCACACACCUGAGGGGAACGAAAUGGGGCCAACUCUCUGCUUCAAAGGUAUCGAUAACAAGACGUACUACAAGAUGUACCACGAGAACCAUCGUUACUACGUUAACGACACUGGAUGUGGCAAUACGUUCGAUCUUACUCACGGGCGAGUAAUUCAGCUGGUCCUUGACAGCUUACGAUAUUGGGUAGAGGAGAUGCAUGUUGAUGGAUUCCGAUUUGAUUUAGCGACGAUCUUGGGGAGAGAAGCCUACGGCUUCAACGAGAACGGUGCAUUUUUGAACAGUGUGCGUCAAGAUCCGGUGCUCUCAAAAGCCAAGCUCAUUGCAGAACCUUGGGAUAUCGGGUUGGGCGGAUACCAAGUUGGGCAUUUCGCGCCUGGUUGGGCCGAAUGGAACGAUCGCUACCGGGAUACCCUGCGUGAGUAUUGGAAGGGAGAUCUGGGGAAGCUUCCCGAGCUCGCUUCCCGAAUGACCGGCUCUGGCGACUUGUUCAAUCGCUGUGGCCGCAAGCCUUGGGCUUCGGUCAACUUCAUUACCGCACAUGACGGCUUUUGCUUGAACGAUCUCGUCUCUUACAAUGAAAAGCAUAACUGGGCGAAUGGGGAGGACAACCGCGAUGGAGCCAAUGACAAUGCUUCAUGGAACCAUGGGGCAGAAGGACCAACAGAGGACCAAAAUAUAAUCCAACUCCGUGAACGUACAAAGCGUAACUUCCUAGCCACCUUGAUGUUUUCCCAGGGCACUCCGAUGCUCCUCGCUGGCGAUGAGUUUGGACGCACCCAAAAUGGAAAUAAUAACACCUACUGUCAAGAUAACGAGAUCAACUGGGUUGAUUGGGAGGGCAUCACGGACGACGGGCGGUGCUUGAUGGAGUUUACGCGGCGAGUGAUCUGGCUACGGCAAAUGUUCCCAGUUUUGCGCAGAAAUAGGUGGUAUACCGGCGAAUGGAAUGAAGACGAAGGUGUGAAGGAUGUCACAUGGCUCAAUCCUGAUGGUAACGAGAUGAGCAUGGAGGCAUGGACCGAUCCCAACAGCAAGUGUUUGGGAAUCAUGUUUGACGGUCGCGCCCAAGCGACGGGAAUCAAACGACCUGGAACCGAUGUUACAGUUCUGUUGAUCUUGAAUUCGCAUCAUGAUGUUGUCAGGUUCAAGCUGCCACCAGCUGUUGGUGGAGUUGACUGGCAAUUGUUCGUCGACACGAAUCAGCCGACUUUACUUAGUGCCCCAACAUUUGAUUUUGAACAUUGGUAUGAUGUCACAGGACGAAGUAUGCUGCUGUUUGCCCUGAAGCAGGAGAACCCGGAUGCCAAUUCGGUAGUCAGGCAAGCUGAAAAGUUUGUGGAGGAGAUUGCCGAACAGCCAAUUGAGAUUCGGGUUGGGGAGGGUGCUGAGGGUGAAGGUGCAAGCCUGUCGAGAAGAAAAUCGACGACAGGUGGACCGGUAUCUGCGAGAAGCUGACCGCUGACCUUUCUCAGUGAGGAGUGUACCUCCUGAAUUGAUGAUUUAGUGUAGCUACCUAUCAUAUCAUAAAUUUCAUUCCUCCAAAAUUAUGUACAAUUCCCAAUAAAUGGCCAUAAAGGCGACGGCGCACAA